GGAGAAGACCGAGCGACAGAAGACUCACAGGAGCACCGGCGACGGCAGGCGCGCAGCAGAGCUCCUUUCGACACUCCGUGCACGAUAAGAUAGCACACCGUGCUUUGUGUGAUGACCUGAGGGGCUACAUGCUGAAAGCGACUAACGCCUGUGGCUGUGUAGCGCCGUGUCAGGUGUGCCACUAUCGGUGCGUUAUCGGUGUUUGGACGUUAGCCCGCCGAUAGGGAGUGUGAGUCAGGCCGGCAGCGAUACACCGAUAACGAGAUUCGACGCUGUUCCGUCAGUUGGCCGACCGCUAGCCGUGCUUCGGGCGACGACAAACGCAGUGUCAACCGGCGCACGGAGGAUUUUGGUGCAAUAAGUGCGGAUACAGGCGCCGUCCGCCAUGCCCGGCAAGGGGAACUACGUGGGCCCCCAAGAGGAGACCAUCGUCUGCCUCAAGUACACCAUCUUCGCCUUCAACUUCCUGUCAUGGCUGAUGGGAGCCAUCAUUUUCGCCCUGGGCCUGUGGAUACGGUUCGAUGAGGACUUCCAGAAGUGGGUGAAGGGCCUGGGCAUGCAGCACUACUGGACCGGCAUCUACAUCCUCAUGUUCAUCGGCCUGAUCGUCAUGGUGGUCAGCUUCUUCGGCUGCUGCGGCGUCAUCACCGAGGCGCGCUGGAUGCUCAAGGUAUUUGUGCUGCUUCUGGCCGUCUGCUUCGUGUUCGAGAUGGCCGGCGCCGCCUACACCCUCUCCAACGGCAUCUACCACUCCAAGAUAUACCCGUGGCUACAGAACCAGCUGACGGGCAUGGUGGCACGCUACUCCUACGACAAGGAUGCACGCUGGGUGCUCGACAUGAUUCAGGAGUACGUGGGUUGCUGCGGCGGGAACGGCUCGGGCGACUACCAGCAGUGGCAUAUUCCGACCCCCAACACGUGCCGCGACCCCAUCCAGGGCAACGAGUGGGCCAACAGCUGCUCCCAGGAGAUCACCUUCAUGCUGCAGAUCAAGACCGGAUGGAUCGCCGGCAUCACGCUCUUCCUCUGCUUCUUCCAGAUCCUCAUGGUGCUGUUCGCCUUCUGCCUGCACUCGGCGCUGAAGUCGGAGGAGAAGAGCUAUGCCAAGUAGAUGGUGACAGAGUGAAGUCAGUCAGGACAAUGUCUAACUUGCUUUGGGAGGUUUUGUGAGAGCUAUUGAGUAGAUACCGGUCAUCUGACAUUAUGUAGGAUAGUAGCAUGACGCCAGAACGGUAUAUGUUCAUGAUUUAUCCCUGAGGCAAUCUGAAACCGGUUUUCUGUGGUGUUUUUCUGUGUGAAGUCUGUCCACCUUCAACUUUGAACCGAUCAGGGCCGUGCAGUGACCUUCAAAGAUCGAUAUCACUUAUCAGUUAUCAUAAACGGACACUUUGUGCUUUUAGUUCGCGUAGGCAGUAGGCACCAAAAUGGAUAUAGGCCGUAAAUAAUCAAAGUUGAGUCAGUUUAACAGCAUUUGUUUGAGGCACACUAUCUUUGUAAGGUAAAUGGAUAGCCAAUGACCAUCACGGAUUCAUUGAGCAAUGAAUGCUGCAACCCAAUCAUGCGACGAAGUUUUUCAGCGUCUCUUCGAACAAAGUUGCCCGGUCCUUCUCAGCCUUUGGCCAUGCAUAGAAUGAACUUAAGGAAUGACGCGCCUACCUGUAUGACUUUGUGCCAAGGUACGGGAGGAAGCUAGAAGUGUACAAAAGGGCAUCAUCUUAUAUUAUCUUUUAAUUGCAAAUGACGAAAUAAAAUAUUCAAUAGUUAAUGAAAAGACGUUUACUUUUUACUCCAUUUGAUAAGCAAGUAGUGAACAAGAUAUUCAAUGCAUUGUGUUGUCCCGCUUUUUAUUUGUUUUGUAAAUAUAUUUGUACAUAAGGAAA